CGGUGCAGCCGCGCCGUGCCGGGGGUGCCGUCACUCGCCGCGCUUCCAGCAUGCUCCUAAGAUGGCGGUAGCGGCGGCGGGUGGCGGCGGGGGCGGCCGGGCGCAGCGCAGCGGCUGGCUGGAAGUUUUGGUGCGGGAGCGCUGGCACAAAGUACUGGCUAACUUGGGCGGCGAGGCGCUGGUGCUGAGCGGCGAGGAGCGCCCCGACGGCGCGGCCCACAACGGCUUGGGCGGCGAUGGGGCGGCGUGCCGCGGGGCCGAGGGCGGCAGCGGGGCGGCGGCGGUGCGCACCGCCUUCACCGACCCCCCGGAGCAGGUGCCUGAGGUCGUGUCCAACAAGAAGCGCUGCGUGAAGGUGCUGAAGCAGGAGAUGGGCGGGCUGGGCAUCAGCAUCAAGGGGGGUAAGGAGAACAAGAUGCCCAUCCUCAUCAGCAAGAUCUUCAAGGGGCUGGCGGCCGAUCAGACCCAGGCCCUCUAUGUGGGCGAUGCCAUCCUGGCCGUCAACGGCACGGACCUGCGGGAUGCCACCCACGACGAGGCGGUGCAGGCGCUGAAGCGGGCGGGCAAGGAGGUGCUGCUGGAAGUGAAGUACAUGCGAGAAGCCACACCCUACGUGAAGAAAGGCUCUCCUGUUUCAGAAAUUGGGUGGGAGACUCCUCCUCCCGAGUCUCCCCGCUUGGGUGGCACCUCGGCUGACCCUCUGUCGCAGCUUUCCCUCUCCAUCCACAGAGACAGGAAGACAAUCCCGCUCAAGAUGUGCUAUGUGACACGCAACAUGGCAGUGUUGGACCCCGAAAACAGACUUAUUGAAGUUCAUUCACCUGAUGCCAAGCACACCGUGGUGCUCAGGAGUAAGGAUUCAGCUACAGCCCAGGCCUGGUUCAAUGCCAUCCACUCCAGUGUCAAUGAGCUCAUCCCCAGGGUGAUUUCAGAGGUCAGAGACCAGCUGGGUAAAACAGGGAUUGCUGGAAGUCGAGAGAUUAGGCAUCUAGGCUGGCUUGCAGAAAAGGUGCCAGGAGACAAUGAGAAGCACUGGAAGCCAGUGUUAGUGGUCUUGACGGAGAAAGACCUCCUAAUGUACGAGAGCAUGCCGCGGAUGAAGGAAGCCUGGUUCAGCCCUCUGCACACCUACCCCCUGCUAGCCACCAGGCUGGUCCAUUCUGGCCCAGGAAAAGGCUCACCGCAGUCGGGGAUGGAUUUGUCUUUUGCCACCCGUACCGGUACAAGGCAAGGGAUUGAAACCCAUCUGUUCAGGACAGAGACUAGCCGAGACCUCUCGCUGUGGACGAGGAACAUAGUGCAGGGCUGCCACAAUUCUGCGGAGCUCAUCACAGAAAUCACCACUUCUUGCACAUACAAGAGCCAGGAGUGCCGUUUGACCAUCCACUAUGACCACGGAUUCUCUCUUACAACCGACCCGAAAGACGGUGCCUUCUCCAAGACAAUUGCACAAUAUCCCUAUGAAAAACUGAAAAUGUCCUCUGAUGAUGGGAUCAGGAUGCUUUAUUUAGACUUUGGAGGAAAGGAUGGAGAAAUUCAACUGGACCUUCAUUCCUGUCCAAAACCAAUUGUGUUCAUCAUUCAUUCCUUCCUUUCAGCAAAGAUUACAAGACUUGGCUUGGUGGCAUAAGUGGGGUACAGCUGUUUUUCAAAGAAGGAUGGAGCGACCUUGCUCGUCUGAAGUACAGUCAACAGCAGCAACCUGGACCAGCUAGCAGCAAACACCAGCCUGGGGUUCAGUACUGGGCCUUGGUCAUUUCUGCAGUCUUCCAAGGCCCAGGUUUCAUUUUGGAGAGCUAAAGAGGUGGCAUGACAAGAUGGUGGCUUUCACUGUAAAUAAUGGGGGGUUUAAAUCCCAUAGGAGACUGUAAAAGCAUGCAGUGCCAUACAUGUAAAUGUUCCGGAAUCAGAAACUGCCUACUGCAGUGUACUUGUCUAUAGAGCAUAAGGGCUAAGCAGACGAGAGUGGGUGUUGGCUGUGUUGCAAGCUCAAGGCUGGUUGUGUAGAAGGUCUCCAAACUCCACCCAAAAGUAAUUCUUUUUGUUUCUGCUCUAACCUGUGCACCACUUACAGAAGAUUUUUCUUCUGCAGCACUGUCAGAGCCUGUUGCUCAAAUACCCAGCAGAGCAUGCAAACGUGCACCUGUGAGUUGUUGGAUGUUCUAAAGCAAUACAGCUGUGGCCAGUGAGCAGCUGGAAGGUCCCUGCGAAGGGGCUCUUUCAGAUGAAAUGACAAAGACAGCCUGUGUACAUUCCUAGCAAUGCACCCAGAGCAAGACCAGCCACAGUCACUUCCCAUGAGCCAGCUGUCGGUGGGACACAGGUAGGAGUGUCCUUUGUUAAUGGAGGUGGUUUUUCAUAGUGACUUCCUGGACUGGCUUAAUGAGUGUCAGCUACCUGAGACCCCCAGCUCAGGUAAAUGUUACCCAAAUCCAUCUUAGUAUGACCUAAGCUUCUGCCAGCACAUUUUUCAUGGCAGUUUUCCAACAGGAAACCAUUCUGAGCUCCCUGUCUUUCUACCCCUACUGUGCCACCCCCUCAGCUUUGCCAAGGCUGGCUGCAUGCUCUUCAUAGAAUAGAAGUGGGCCAGGGGGAAAACUUGAUUUGUUGGGUUUUUAUUUUUCCAGUUUUCUAGAUUAGAUCAGAAAAGUUAUUCAAGGAGCUCCACGACAGUGAGGAAAUGCACUGGGGCAGGAGCACGAGCUACACUCCCAGAAAAGCCUUAAUAUAGAAGGAACUGCUUCUGUGACCAUGGCUUGGUGUAGGGCCAUUCACCUUCAUGCCCAUUACUAGUUCCUGGUUUGCAGCACGGUUUACUGUCUGAAGUCAAAGCAUUCAGAUCACUGAGUUUCAGUCUUCUCUGUGGUUGUGUUUUGCACAAGUGGACAGCAGGCAGAGACCACACAUCCACCCAGCACCGGGAGCUACCAAACUGGCUUAAUGCAGGUGGGUGGCAACAGAAAGAAGCAGAACAGGGGUGGCAUUUAUGUUGCUCUUGCUUUGCAAACAGAAUAGCUUCGUAGAGGGGUGGGAGUUUGUUUGCUUUUACAUUUUUGUCCUAAAUUCACACUUUGAAGGACAGAAACUGUAGAGGCAGUAAUAAAUCCAAAGUUUGUAGAAGGUUGCUUCUCAUACUACAAGACUUCUUUAUUCUUGAGAAAGCACCUAAGUUUCAACUUAACAUCCCUAGGCUGGCAAAGGGGAAAAUUAAAACCACAGUUUGGUUCCUUGUUUUUAAGCUAAGAGAGUUAGGUCUAAGUAAUGCUGUUAAUUCACAGCGUUGGAAUUAAUUCAUGGUGGUUUCCAUGGGUAUCUUAAUCAUCCAACCUAAUUAAAAAGAAAGAUGAUGGGCUGAAAGCACAGAGAAAAUAAUCAUUGAAGAACAACAAGUAAUCAUUGUUUGGAAGAGCAGCUGUACUCCCAGCACCUCUCACCAGUCAAAAGCAAGCCUGUGAAGUAGCUGUGAACUUUUCUUUUACUGUCAUGGUACUUGGUACUUAAAAACUAAUCCCUCCUGUAAAUUCAUGAGGUAAGAGAGAAAACCUUACUUAACUUCCUAGCAAGUUCCAAAUGGACUUUUCUCAUGUAGAGCUGCUGUUCACAUAACUUUCUGUGGCGGUUACUUGGGUCUCUUUUGGCUUGGAAGAUCCCAGGAGAACAUCUUCUGAGAAGCUGAGAGCAGUUGGAGGACUGAGUCUCUCAGCACGUCGCUCCGUGAACAAUUGGGCUCAAGUUUCCAAGCAACGAUUCAGGACUUCUUUACUGCUGCUCCAAAGUACCACUUGGAAAAACUUCAGAUGCAGGCUCCAGAGGUUAAAGUGAAAAGGUGCAGCCUGUGGGGUAGGUUCAAUACAUAUGUAAACUAUACUGCACUAUUCCCUUAUUCCUGUAACACAAAUCACUGGAAUGUUCCACCUAACAUGUAUGUGCAUUGUAAAUAGUACAGACCCCUAUGUUAGUGCCAACAAUUAAGUGACACAGUAUGUAACCUAAGGUGCUCAGUACUAUAUGAAGUAUAACUGAAAAAAACCACAAACAGCUAAACAGUUUGCAAAGAAAAUUCCUAUUAUAUAUAUUUAUAGAAAAAAAAAAGAAAAAAGAAUAUUUACAGAUGCUAUUUCUUCAUUUUCAGAUUUUGGACUGAUUCAUAUUUGGAUGGGAUAGACAAAAGAAAUAUAGACCUACUCCACAUUUAUAAGAGUAUAGUGAAUAUUUAUAUUUUAGAGGAAAAGAAUAUAUUUAAUAAAGUCAUUUAUUGGA